GCAGAAUUCUCUUGACACAGGAAGCUCCAUGUUUCCUAGUUUCUGAAGAAGUAGAUAGGAUUAAUCACCCUACUGGUCAGAAAAAGAGAAGCACAGUUAUCUUCCAUAAGAAGCCUGGUAAAUCAGCCAGUGCAAAAUGAACACUUCUACUGGUGAACUGGAGAUGGAGACACAGACAACAACGUAUUACGAUGGACAGGUUGAUGCAGCACCAUGUUCAAAUGAUGUCAAACAAUUUGCAUCCCACUUUGUGCCACCGCUUUAUUCCUUGGUGCUGAUAUUUGGCCUGGUGGGCAAUGUGCUCGUUGUGCUGAUCCUGAUAAAACACAAGAAGCUGAGAAGCAUGACUGACAUCUAUCUGCUGAAUCUGGCAAUUUCCGAUUUGCUUUUUAUUUUUUCCCUGCCAUUUUGGGCUUACUAUGCAGCACAUGAGUGGGAUUUUGGAAAUGCAAUGUGUAAAAUUCUUUCAGGGGUCUAUUUUGCUGGCUUUUAUGGUGGAAUGUUUUUCAUAAUACUUUUGACAAUAGAUAGAUAUCUAGCCAUUGUCCAUGCAGUGUUUGCUUUAAAAGCUAGGAGAGUUACCUAUGGCAUCCUCACAAGUGUUGUCGUUUGGGGUCUUGCAAUAUUAGCCUCUCUUCCAGGGUUUAUAUUUCAUAGUGUUCAAAAGGAAGGUCCUCACUGGACUUGCAGCUCUCAUUAUCCAUCAAAUUAUGAAAAAGAAUGGAGGCAAUUCCUGAUUUUAAAGAUGAACAUCCUGGGACUUGUCAUUCCAUUUGUCAUUAUGAUCUUCUGCUACAUAGAGAUUAUAAAAAUAUUACUGAGACGUAGGAAUGAGAAAAAACAUAAGGCAGUCAGGCUUAUUUUUAUCGUAAUGAUUGUUUAUUUUAUCUUUUGGACACCAUACAACAUUGUUGUUCUCAUGUACACUUUUCAAGAAUCAUUUUCCCUAAACAACUGUGAGAGCAGCAGUCAGGUAGAGCUAGCAAUUCAAGUGACAGAAGCGAUUGCAAUGUUCCACUGUUGUAUCAACCCUGUGAUCUAUGCCUUCGCUGGUGAAAAGUUUAGGAAAUAUCUUUAUACCUUUUUCCAAAAAGACAUUGCAAUCUACCUCUGCAAACACUGUCCAGCUCUUCAUGGUGAUAAAUUAGAACGGUUUAGCUCCACGUACACCCCUUCCACUGCAGAGCAUGAUAUCUCCAUUGGUUUGUAAAGUGCAUUAGAAAUAUAUCCAGUAAAAGUUUCAUCCUCCUUUUAACUUAAAAUGUUGUGGAAUUAAUCAAUUUUUUUACAGUCAUUGUCCUUAAUUUUUUGUGGCACUGCAAUAUUUCUCAUCCUCUGUGCAGUGAACUGCUACCAACUCCACAGGAAAGCUAAAUACUGCUGUUUGAUAAGCAUCCACUUCAAACAUGGAAUCCAAUGUAGUAAGAUUUUGUUCUCUGGAUGUUGGCCAAUGAACAAAGUGUCAAUGUGAUUUCCUCAGGAAAUAUAAUUCAGAAGAUGGUGUGAAGAGGACAGAGAAUGAGAUAUGUCCUCUCUCAAGAACCAGUUACCUAUAUGCAAAGACCACAAGGAAAACUCUGGAAGGAAGGUAGCUGUUGGAGAGUGUAUUGGUCAUUUAUAUGGAGCUUGAUGUGCCUUGUUUUACUUCAACAUUUUUCAUUAAUGAGAAUUUAUGACAAAAACAGCUUUGCAACAAAAUAAGA